AUGCUUGUCCUACUGCUUUAUGUGGAUGAUAUUUUGUUAACUGGUACUUCUUCUAUUGUGAUUGAUGCACUGAUUAUUUCACUCAAGAAAGAAUUUUCCAUGAAGGAGUUAGGAGAAUUGGGAUAUUUCUUGGAUAUUGAAGCUGUUAGAGACUUAGAUUCAAUUUUAUUGACACAAAAGAAGUACACUUUAAAAUUGCUCACAAAAGAUAAUAUGCUUGACUGUAGGCCUUGUGAUACACCUAUUGUGAAGGGUGCUAGAGUUUCCAUUCAUGAUGGUAAUAAAUUAGAAGAUGCUAGUGAAUACAGAACAAUUGUUGGCAGUUUGCAAUAUUUAACAACUACCAGGCCAGAUAUUUGUUUUGGAGUAAACUAUGUUUCACAGUUUAUGCAUUAUCCAACUGAUGUUCAUAUGCAGUUAGUUAAAAGAAUACUAAGAUAUUUGAAAGGGACACUUGGUUUAGGAAUUAAAUUAAGGAGAGAUGGUUUACAAGAUUUGAGAGCUUACACUGAUUCAGAUUGGACAGGUUGUCCAGAUACACGAAGGUCAACUUCAUGUUAUGCUGUUUUUCUUGGUAAAAAUUUAAUAUCAUGGUCAUCUAAGAAGCAACCCACAGUAUCAAAGUCAUCAGUUGAGGUUGGGUACAAAUGUUUGUCAGUUGCUUCAGCAGAGUUAAAAUGGCUUUCAAAUUUGGUUUCUGAGUUACAUGUAUCAAUAUCUAAACCAACAAUUCUUUUGUGUGACAAUACUAGUGCUUCAUCCUUAGCAUCUAAUCAUGUUUUCCAUGCUAGGACAAAGCACAUAGAGAUAUAG